AUGGCCAUGCUAGUGGCUCUUACGGCAACCCAUGGCGGUCAGGAACCUCCGCCACGGCUUCCUUCAUGGGCAAUCACGACCUCGACGCUCUUCCCCUCGUCGCUGCCAACUCCGGUACCAUGCUCCACUUCACGCUCCUCAAUUCCGGGGGCCCCGAUCCUAUAUCCAGACGAGAAUCCCCAGCUCGAUGAAAGCCCACCUUUUCUCUUGAUUGAUGCAAACUCUCAACAGCCUCUCGCUCAAACCCCUUCUGUCGUUCUAGCUGGCGAUCGCAACGGCCAGGAGCCUUUGCAGUUGCAGCCUUUGAAAGACUUGAUUUCUUCGCCGCUCGCUGAAUCUGACUCGUUACCCCAGCGUUGCGUCCCCAAUACUUUGACGCCAACGCCCUGUACUGAUCUUGUGGGAGCGGACCGAUUGAAUGACUCGUUAGCUUCUGCAAGCCUCAUGCCGACACGGCGGCGAGCGACGCUCGCCAUUUUCUCGACGUUACUGGGUCUUUUCACCUUUGGUCAACUGAGCACACACGCCCCGACUCCUGGCGAGGAGGGCCAAGAAGAGGUGCGAUGGGUUGCAUCGUCACAUUCAUGGCUAGACCGCCAAACGUGCCAAUGGCUCGGCAUGUGCGGUGUGGCCCAUUUUCGCACAGCAUCGAGUGAGAUACGCCGGGCAAAAGAUAAGAAGCGGAAAGAGCAAGUGGCUAUGAUGAACGUGGAGGAUUCCGAAAACACACAAGAUAGCGGUCAUCAGGCAUCAUCCUGGUUAGAGGGCAAGACAAGACCAGAAGACUGGAGCGACGACGAGCGAGUUUUGCGCGAGAUCCCGCAAUACGUAUUAGACUAUGCUCCGCUUGUGCAUUUGUUUUCUGGAGAACAGUUUUGGCCAUGCGACAUUGAAGAGCAUCUACAUCAUGUUACACCGCAUCUCAAUUAUACCCCAUUAUUCUCAGAGCAUCUCAAUCUCACAAACCUUAGCCAGCUGAACAAGUGGGACAAUGGCCGACACGUCUACCUCCAGAGCGAUGACGACGUGGAGGGCCGGCCCGAAUGGCUUGGCGGGGAGAAGAAUGUGCCCAGCCCUGGAGACUUGCCUGAAGGUGGCGAGGACCAUGGCAAGGAGCUGAGCUGGGCAGAAUGGGACGGACGGAUCGACGGCGAUGUCCCAGAUGAACCGGACAGCAAGCUGGACCAAUGGUGGGACGUUGGAAUUGGCAGCACCAAGGACAGAGGUGGCAGGAGACCAAACCCGACUGCAACAGAGCAUAUUGCUGUACCCACUAAUAAGGCGGAAGGGGAGGAUGUCGUAGAAACCCUGCGAAGACGAGCAGCUUCUGCGCCAACCUGGAAAUUGGGCAAGAGAGUCCAAGGAGGUCGUAGUGACGCACCGGCCGUCUUAUUAGUGGUGGACAAGGGCGAUGGUGUCGUCGACGCCUUUUGGUUCUUUUUCUACAGCUAUAACCUGGGCAAUGUCGUGCUCAAUGUGCGAUUUGGCAAUCACGUCGGCGACUGGGAACACACCGUCAUUCGAUUCCACAAGGGCAAACCCAAGGCCGUCUUUUUUAGUGAACACAGUGGUGGCGAAGCCUACAAUUACGAAGCCGUUCAGAAAAUCGGAAAAAGGCCCGUCGCCUACUCCGCCGUUGGUACCCACGCCAUGUACGCCACCCCCGGCACCCAUUCAUACAUUCUCCCCUGGGGCAUGCUUCACGACUUGACCGAUCGCGGUCCCCUCUGGGAUCCCCUCCUCAACUCUCACGCAUACACCUACGACUAUAUCAAUGAUACCCUCCGCUCUUCGCAGCUCACCCCCCACGCACCCACCGACUGGUUCUACUAUUCCGGCCACUGGGGCGACAAGUUUUAUCCCCUCAGCGACCACCGCCAGUACCGCUUCGCAGGCCAGUAUCACUAUGUGAAUGGCCCCUUUGGACCGCGCUUCAAAAACCUCGGCCGCAAGCGGGUCUGUCAGGGAAAUGGCCAGUGCCAUUUGCGCAAUUGGCUCCCACUUGAGGGAACCCGCUCGAAGCGCUGGACCACUCGAGGCGUGGGCGAAUCUCAGCCUGCUCAUGUUAUGUGA